CCAAAACCUAAAUCCAAAAUGAAAACCCUAGUCCUAAACCCUAACUUUAUUAACCUAUAAGAUUAUCUCUUGUUGCAUAUCAUUCUUCACAAUUUUCACUCUAGUAAGCCCUUUGUAAGCUUUUCAAAAUUUCAAACCAUUCUCUUCGCAAUAUCUUCAACAUGGCUCUUCUUGUUCGAGGUAACCCAAAACACUACAAACCUUCUUCUUUUUCAAUCUAUUGUACCUUUUUCUUAUUUUGAAUACAAGAGUACCCUUUUGUUUAUUUUACCAUAUGGGUUUCUUAAAUGGUUAUUUAAUCGCAUAUAAAUUUCGUAAUCUGUGUUAAUUAUGAUGUUUUUUAUUUUAAACUUUUAUUUGUUAAAUUCUAAUAGGUUUACACUAAUUUACUCAAAGAAAUGAUUUUUACUAGUUUUUAUGAACAAUGUAUUGUUUGAAGAAUCUUACUUCUAUUGGUAGAUAUGUGUUGUGGUAUUGCUGGUUUUGUGUUGGUGAUGCUGACAGAGGAGGUAUAGGCUUUGGUGAAGGGAGAGGUGGUGGAAUGAAAGGUUGAAGUAAGGUUGUUGUUGGAAAACAUAGACAUGAAGGUAUUUUCAUUGCUAAGGAAAAAUGAGAUGUUCUUAUUACUAAGAAUCUUGUUCCUCGUGAAGCUGUUUACAAUGAAAAGAUGCUGUUCAGGAAACUGGUUCUAAAGUCCUUUACCUAUGAGCCGCAUCGAGAACAACUGUUUCUCACGUGUGGGAUAUUGUUGGUCUGACCAGAGUUGUGUUAUAUUUUCCAAUGCUGCUCAAUCAGAUCAGGCAAGAAUUUUAGCACUUAAUGCUUCAUGCUAUCUCAAAGCAGGAGGACAUUUUGUUAUUUCUAUCAGGACCAAUUGCAUUGAUUCAACAGUCCCUGCAGAGGCAGUGUUUGAGAGUGAAAUUAACAAGUUGAGGGCAGAACAAUUUAAGCCAUUGGAGCAAGUGACUCUUGAACCAUAUGAGAGAGAUCAUGCUUGUGCUAUUGGUGGAUACAUAAUGCCUCAAUAAAUAAAUAAUAGCACAAGCAUAUAUACUAUGUAUACUAAGUUAUGGUUACAAUUUACUUGACGAUGCCCAUCUCUCCCUCCUACUAAAUUCAUUGCUAUUAUUUAGGAGAAAUUGCAUUGCAUUGACUUAAUCUACUUUUAAAAAUAAUGUUAUUAAUAUUCAAA